UCUUUCUCUUUGAUCUGCACCCUUGAUCUGCACCCUCUCGUGUAGAAUCCUUUGAGACGACCGUAGCUCAAACCAACGGUUUGAUCGCCGUGAAAAAAAUAGACUCCUCCAAGACCGGGUCGGCAGAGAAACCAGGACUGGUCGAGGUGCGCACUACCCGCCGGUAGCGGUACCUGCGUCUCGAGGGGCCGCACGAGAAGCUUCCCGUCCGAUGUCAACAUGACUCCUUUCGCAGCUUGCAGAAGGGCAGCACGGGGCAGAAACACAGACUCGUGGCGGCUGACCUUGCCCUGCCCCGUGCUCCCUGCGGCCAACGACACGCGAGGAAGAAUGAGAGAGAGAGAGAGAGAGCCAUGGGCGUAUGCGGGCGCUCGUAUAUGUACAGGACUGACUUUUUUCCAUCCGAGCACCGACCAGCAUGGCUGUGAGGCACGCCGGGUCACCGAUCGACAACCAUCGGAUGCUUAUCAUUUACCUCGGAUGGAUUCACUUCGUUCCAAUCAGGUGUUGGGCCAUGGUCAGCAAGCAAGACGAACCUGCCAGCGCAUCGCAUUUGCGGCGCUCGACGGUAACAGACGGGAGGGACAACGAGGUGACACACCGAACGGUGUGGGCAGAGAGAAGCCAAACACGAGGAAUUGUGGCCGAUGAAUGGGGGAAGCUCCACGCGAUUCUCACGAUGGCUGCACCGUUGGUGGCAGCCCAGGCAACGCCGCAACGCCGCAACGGUCGCUUGAGGCUGUCUGACUGACUGACUGACUGACCGACCGACUGACUGGCCUGGCCUACUCCUUGCUUGGGCACACUAGCUGCACAGUCUGGCGGAAGGGGCACCACAGCAACACACCUGAACCCUCACCUUCACUGUCUCUCCAUUACCUGUCCCCGGACACUUGGUUAUUUCCCCUUUCGCACUAGACCUUGGUGGCGCCGAACACCAAGGCAAGAAGCUUAAAUGCUCGUCGUCCAAUCCCCCGCCCGAGACCUUGGCGUGGCGUCUGCUAAUGUCCCGAGUGGUACGCGAUACGAGACUACUCCUUUGCUGCUACUCCUCCUCCUCCUCCCCAUCCUCACCCCCAGCCCCCCCUGUCGCCGGCAAGAGUACGCACCAUGACACGGCCGGGCGGCGAAGCGGGACCACGGAACCCAAGUCGGAGCGCCGUACAUCGCAUUCGGUCCAUUUAUGCCUUGCUCCCCUUGGUAUUGCGAGGCUAUUGUUAGACCCGGCUUAGCCUGCAUUGCAGCUCCGACGCAUGGGGUUUUCUGUCGGUACAUCUGUCUUCCGACACCUGCACAGUCAGACCUCGACCGCCUGGGCGAAUUGUUGUCGCUGGAAAUCUGCUGAUGCCCUCUUGGCUAGCCUGGUCGAUAAGGGUGACUUCCAUGGCCAUGUCCCAAGCAUAGGGCCAACGCAAGCCUCUAGUCCAUGUGCUUCUGGUCAUGUUCUCUGACACCCUGAAGUCCCGUCGAGCAUCCUUCACACAUGGUCGCCCCCUCUCUAUAGUACUGGUGUCGUGGAUCUGACUAAGAAUGGUCGGUGUUAGUGUAGGCUCAGGUACGAUGAUCUCGUCCUGUAGGAGUCAUGCACGCUACGAUGGCGAGAGACUUUGCGUGGGUAAACGUCCGAGAGUUCUCUUGGAAGUCCAGCAACGCUAGUUCCUGGAAACUCAGAUCGUGAUAGGAGGUUUCCCAGCAAGGCUCUCGUAGUAUGAUAUAAGGCGACCGUUUUCCCUCUCCUCGAUCCGGUCUUGAACUCCUCUUCAUCGGGCUAGCCUCUCUCUCUCUCCCUUCCCCUUCUUUCACACGAUCUUCCGUGUCGUUUCCACUCACUACUUGUGAAGCAUUCUCUCACUUUGCGUUUUUUUUCAUACAUACGUUCGCUUGUUGACUCACUCGCAUCAUCACAAUGCAUCUCACCUCUCUCCUCGCCACCUCCAUGGCCCUGGCCGCCGUCCCCGGAGCCAUGGCCUACCCCGGCAUGGGCCAGCAGAUUGAAGAUAUCAAGGCCCGCGCGAGCGAUAGGGGCGACUCGAACGAGCUCCUCGGAGACCUCAUCUCCCUCCAGGACCGCCAGCUCACCGCCGUCGGCAAGGACGUCAAGAGGAUCCUCCAAGGCAAGGGGAACCCGGAGUCUGACGACCGCUACAUCCUCAAGGUGCCUGACUUGACCUCGGACAAGUGCAAGAAGGACACGUGCUGCGUCUGGCGCUACGUCGCCGACGACAUGUACCAGUUCAUGGCGGGCAAGUCAGGCCGUUGCACUGGCCUGGCGCGCGCCGCCGUGCGCCUCGGCUUCCACGACGCCGGCACUUGGUCCAAGGCCACGGCCUCCCAGGGCGGCGGCGCCGACGGCAGCAUUCUGCUCGCACCGGGCGAGAUCGACCGCUUCGAGAACCGCGGCCUGCAGGAGGUCGCCGCCAAGUUCAUCGAGCUCCGCGGCAAGUAUCUUUCUAUGGGUUGGAACAUCGGCAUGGGUGACUUUGUUCAGAUGGGCGCCAACGUCGCCACCGUCGUCUGCCCCCUUGGCCCGCGCAUCAAGACCUACGUCGGCCGUAAGGACAGCGCCGUUGGGGCGCCCCGCGGUCUCUUGCCGAGCCCGUUCCAGCCGGCCGACCAGCUGAUCCAGCUCUUCCGCGACAAGACCAUCGGACCGCAUGGCCUCGUCGCCCUGCUCGGCGCACACACGACCAGCCAGCAGAACUUUGUCAACACGACGCGCGCCGGCGACCCCCAGGACAGCACCCCGGGCGUUUGGGACGUGCUCUACUACAAGGAGACGCUCAGCACCAACUCCCCCCCCAGAGUCUUCAAGUUCCCCAGCGACAUCGCCAUCUCGCAGCACCCGGAGACUGCCAAGGAGUUCCAAGACUUUGCCGGACGCGGCGGCCAGGACCACUGGAACGAGGACUACGCCCGUGAGUACAUCCGCCUCUCGCUGUUGGGCGUCGACAACAUCAACCAGCUGGUCGAGUGCACCAAGGUCCUCCCGCCAGCGAUCAAGGGUUUCCGCAUCCUCGACCAGUUCAAGCUCGACAAGUGGCUCAACAGCGUCGGCAACAAGGGUGCCGCCAAGAAGGUCGCCCAGGAUAUUGAGAAGGGCGACCCCGCCUCCGUCGAGGUGCCCCCCGUCAACAACUAAAGGCUUUCUGGAGGCGGUCGAGAAUACGGACGGUAUUGGUGAUGAUUUAUUAAGUAAUGGUAAUCGAGGGGGGGGGGGGGGGAGGCUCCAUAGUAGGAGAGUCCAAAACUGGUUGGAAGACCGGGUUGCGACCCAGCCCGACAGUGUAUAUGUAGCUUCGUCACGUUCAGACAGAUGACGGGUUUAAAGGUUAUAUAUUUUUCGGUACAAAC